AUGACUGACAGGCGGCACCCGCAGUACCACAACCAGCACGAGUCUGACGAGGAGGUCGAGCGUUCGCUGCUCCAUACCAACCCCACAGGCGCCUACCAGGGCCCCUUUGACGACUCGCACUCGCACACGCCCGCUGCACAGGAUCACGGCUACAGCUUGACAGAAUCCUAUGCAGAUCACAACCCCCACCACGCCCCGCCAUUCGACACAUACGACGAGUACCGAGGAAACAAUCUCCAGGAUCCAGGUUACAACCCUUCUGGCUCUCCAGUGUCCCGCGCACAAACAACGUCGACCGAGGCAUGGGAGGCAAGAGCGCAAAUCGGUGGUCCUGCUGCUGGCGGCGGUGGCCUCAAGCGCAAUGCCACACGUAAGGUCAAGCUGGUCCAGGGCAAUGUCCUGAGUGCCGAUUAUCCCGUACCCAGUGCCAUUCAGAACGCCGUUCAGGCCAAGUACAGAAACGAUCUCGAAAGUGGCAGCGAGGAGUUCACCCAUAUGCGCUACACUGCAGCAACUUGCGAUCCCAACGACUUUACUCUCAAGAACGGCUACAAUCUUCGUCCAGCCAUGUACAACCGCCACACCGAGCUUCUGAUUGCAGUGACAUACUACAACGAAGACAAGGUCCUCACUGCUCGCACCCUGCACGGUGUCAUGCAAAACAUCCGAGAAAUCGUCAAUCUUAAGAAGUCCGAAUUCUGGAACAAGGGUGGCCCAGCGUGGCAGAAGAUUGUCGUCUGCUUGGUCUUCGACGGUAUCGAUCCUUGCGACAAGGGCACUCUGGAUGUGCUGGCCACGAUUGGUAUCUACCAGGACGGAAUCAUGAAGAAGGAUAUUGACGGCAAGGAGACUGUUGCUCACAUCUUCGAAUACACAACUCAGCUCUCGGUCACGGCCAACCAGCAACUCAUCCGCCCGCUCGACGACGGCCCGACAACUCUGCCUCCUGUGCAGAUGAUGUUCUGUCUCAAGCAAAAGAACAGCAAGAAGAUCAACUCGCAUAGAUGGCUGUUCACUGCCUUUGGCCGUAUCUUGAAUCCCGAAGUCUGUAUCCUGCUCGAUGCUGGAACAAAGCCUGGUCACAAGUCCCUGCUUGCUCUAUGGGAGGCCUUCUACAACGAUAAGGACCUCGGUGGUGCUUGCGGUGAGAUCCACGCCAUGUUGGGUCCUCGCUGGAAGUUCCUUGCCAAUCCUCUAGUCGCCGCUCAAAACUUCGAGUACAAGAUCUCCAAUAUUCUUGAUAAACCUCUUGAGAGUUCGUUCGGAUACGUCAGUGUCCUGCCCGGUGCUUUCUCCGCCUACCGCUUCCGCGCCAUCAUGGGCCGCCCUCUGGAGCAAUACUUCCAUGGUGACCACACUCUGUCCAAACAGCUCGGCAAGAAGGGUAUCGAGGGUAUGAACAUUUUCAAGAAGAACAUGUUCUUGGCCGAAGAUCGUAUUCUGUGUUUCGAGCUGGUCGCAAAGGCUGGUUCCAAGUGGCAUCUUACCUACGUCAAGGCCUCCAAGGGUGAGACCGAUGUGCCUGAUAGCGCGCCUGAGUUCAUCGGUCAGCGUCGUCGUUGGCUGAACGGUUCCUUCGCCGCCUCCAUCUAUUCUCUGGUCCACUUCAGUCGCAUGUACAAGAGUGGCCACAACAUCGUCCGCAUGUUCUUCUUGCACAUCCAGCUCAUCUACAACAUCUGUCAACAAAUUCUCACUUGGUUCGCACUCGCUUCUUUCUGGCUGACUACAACCGUCAUCAUGGAUCUUGUCGGAACUCCUAGCUCGUCCAAUAACCAGAAGGCCUUCCCCUUCGGCAAUGACGCUACUCCCAUCAUCAACACCAUCGUCAAGUACAUCUAUCUCGCCUUCGUCCUCCUGCAAUUCAUCCUCGCCCUCGGAAACAGACCCAAAGGUUCAAAAUUCACCUACAUCGUCUCAUUCUGCUGGUUCGGUCUCGUCCAACUUUACAUUACCGUCGACGCACUAUAUCUGGUCGUUCACGCCUUUACGGGCGGUCCAGGCUUUGAUACAGACAGUGCCAGCGAUUUUGUAAAGUCCUUCUUCUCCUCGACGGGUCCUGGAAUCAUUGUCAUCGCCUUGGCCGCAACCUUUGGUCUCUACUUUGUCGCUUCCUUCAUGUACCUCGACCCCUGGCACAUGUUCACAUCAUUCCCCCAGUAUCUUCUGAUCAUGAGCUCGUACAUCAACAUUCUCAACGUCUACGCCUUUAGUAACUGGCACGAUGUGUCCUGGGGAACCAAGGGUGCCGACAAGGCCGACGCACUACCAUCAGCCAAGACAGAAAAGGCACAAGACGGCAAAGCGACGGUGAUAGAAGAAGUGGAUCUGGCACAAGCAGACAUCGACUCACAAUUCGAGACCACCGUCAAGCGCGCCCUGACACCUUACGUCGCACCCAAGGAAAAGGACACCAAAACGCUCGAGGACUCGUACAAGAGUUUCCGCACUCGUCUGGUUGUCUUCUGGAUCUUCAGUAACGCGUUGCUCGCUGUUGCCAUCACCAGCGACAACGUGGAUAAGUUUGGUUUCACGAGCGGCGCUAGCAAGCGUACUGCGAGAUUCUUCCAGGCUCUGCUGUGGGCGAAUGCUGUGGUUGCGCUUGUUCGCUUCUGUGGUUGUUGUUGGUUCUUAGCCAAGUCUGGAUUGCUGUGCUGUUUUGCACGCAGAUAG